AAUUAGAGGAGUUAUGGUGUUAUACGUACUUUGAAAUGAUAGGGUUAGUACAAACGAACAAACAUUAAAAUGAAAGAUUUCAAUAAAGAUCAGAUAAAGGUUACCCCUUCAUUUGCAUAUCAUCAGGAUUAAAUAAAUUAAAAACAAAUAGAUUAUAAUCUAAUACACUAGGCCUAUCACGAUACAAUAUUCAGAAUGAUCCAUGAAAAAGGAAUCCUACGAACAGUUAUGACGACUGCAUUUUUCAGAUCAGGAAAAUUUAAACUUUUGCUAUUGUUUAUAGCAGUAACACUUAGUGUCUAUUUCUUAGAUACAAAUGACGAACUAACUGCUAGUGUACAAACAUAUUCCAUAAAGGAACAGAAUUCAAUUGGUGGUGAUGAGAUAAAAAAUGGAAAAAAAACAAUUCAAGAUGAUGAAAAUAACAUUCCACUGUCUCAUUAUGAGGAUAACAUUCAGAAAGAAAAUUUCAUUGAAGACAGGAAUAAUAUCCUAUUUGUUCAUGAUGAACUAAAAAGUGAUGAUGAUAAUGACGAAGCUAUGAAAAGUGUUCAUCAAAUAAAGAAUGAUGACAUUGAUGAUGAAAAUGACUACGAUGAAGAUGAGAACAAUGAAGAUGACAAUGAUGAGAAAUCCUUUUAUAGGUCACAACAUGAAAAUGAUAUAAAACAAACAUUUAAGUUCAAAGGAAUUUUAGAAAAAAGACUUCCCAAGUUUAUCAUAAUAGGAGUACACAAAUGUGGAACGAUGGCUUUAGCAACUUUUCUCUCCAUCCAUCCAUAUAUGGUACGAUCCAGAGCUCAUGAGGUUCAUUAUUUUGAUAAUUUCACACGACAAGCAAUGGGUUUAAAUUACUAUCUUAACCAAAUGCCUUACACCUACCCCAGUCAGAUACCAUUUGAAAAAACUCCAGCAUAUUUUGAUUUCGGAAAUAUCAAAGCAAUAUAUGAAAUGAAUAAAAACAUUAAACUUGGAGUUAUCGCAUGCAACCCAAUAAAACGGGUUAUGUCACACCAUCUCAAUAAGUUGAAAGCUAAAGAACGAUUAAAUAAACAAUUUAAUGGAACAUAUGAAAGUUGCGUCAUGAAUGGGGACAAACUGAACACAGAUUGUAUUUACAUAACCAGGGGAUUGUAUAUUGAGCACUUAACAAGAUAUAUGGAAUAUUUUCCCAGAGAAAAUUUCUUUAUCAUAAAGAGUGAAGAUUUGAGAUAUACUCCAGUUGCUGUCCUGCAAAAGUUUGAAAAAUUCAUGAACAUUCCAAAAUUUUUCAACAAUGAUACUCUCUAUUACAACAAUACUAUGAACCAGUUCUGUAUCAAUAAGCCUUACUGGAAAAAUCCAUAUAUGGAACUGAAUAGAGGAUGCUUUCCUGAACACAAAAAUAGAGUUCACCCACAAGUCAGAGAGGGAAUACCUGAACUGCUACUGGAAUAUUAUAAGCCAUAUAAUGAAAAAUUUGCUGAAAUUGCUGGACUUGGUAAAUUAGAUUGGGGUCUUUAAAAGUAGAAGCAACCUCGAGGUGUUGUCAUCAGCCCCUAGUUACAGCAUCAGGGUAAAGUGAAAAAACUUAACUUCAAUAAAGCUCAGUUCUAUGAACAGAAUUUGAACAUCAAGUACAUUUUAGCAUUUAGAAUGUGUUCAGAGACUUUUAUUCCAUUAAUGUGAUAUUCAUAGGAUAUCAAGUCAAAAUAAAAACAGUUUUUUAGUAAAACAAAAUUAUAUUUUUGGCAAAUCUUUACUUAACCAUAAAUUAAGGGUUUUAAACCAUGAGAUGCAGUGCAAUAUGCAAUGGUUCACCGAUUUUUGCUACUUGAUGAAACCAUGGGCUUUCAACUAGAAUUGAAAGCCCAUGAUGAAAUGCGGCUGGUAGUGAAAAUGUAAAAAAGUUUGAUUUGAAUCAUUUUUAUUAUGGAACAAAAGGAACAUCCUAUGUUAUCUACUCAUGGAUAUUAAUAUUGGCAUUCUAGCAUUCUUGUGCAGAUGUCCAUAUCCAAAUUAAAAUCAUCACUCAUAAAUCAUAGGAUAUUCUAUAUGUAUAAUGUAUAUUUAACUUUUAUAUUACAUUGUUCUCCACAGAAUUUUUUCUCAAGUUGGUGCAAAUUCUCAUUUUCACAAUUCAGACCAAAAUCGGUCAAAAUAUGCAAAUUUAACAUGAUUUUUCUCAUUUUCAAGUGGGUAUAAAUUAGGGGUCACACGGUUUGAGAUUUCACGGUUCGGUUCGGUUAUUGUAUUUCACAGUUCGGUUCGGUUCUGAUUGCGGUUCUCACGGGCCUCGUGAAAUGAGCAAAAAUAUAUGAAAUUGAUCCGAAAAUCAGAAAACAUACUAAGUGUGUCACAGUGUUUUAUUGUAUUCAGUAUUGUAAGUAUCCAGUUUCACACAAUGUUUGUUUGUUUGUUCAGUCUUUUUUCCCUCCCUCCCUCCCAAAAUAUCUGUGUGU